CUGUGCAGUUACACAAUGGCUUUAAGGAAGUGGACUUUUUUAUUGGCUUUAAUGAGCCUCCUGUCUGCAGAAUCAAAAGCUCAGCUUGAUGUAUGCGGCACUGCUCCACUCAGCACCAGGAUAGUUGGAGGUGAAGAUGCUCCACCUGGACGCUGGCCGUGGCAGGUCAGUGUGCAGCUAUUUGGUGAACAUUUUUGUGGUGGUUCGCUCAUCAACAGAGAGUGGGUGAUGUCUGCUGCUCACUGCUUCAUGGGGACAAGUCCACUUGGAUGGAAGGUUUCUCUCGGCCGUCAGAGCCUGCAGGGUGAAAACCCAAACGAAGUGUCCAGAAAUGUCACCACAAUCAUUUUGCACCCAAACUAUGACGAUCUGACCGCCGACAACGACAUUGCUCUGCUCAGACUCUUGUCGCCAGUCAAAUUCACUGACUACAUCAGACCUGUGUGUCUGGCAGCCAGUGGCAGUGUGUUCAACAAUGGCACCGAUAGCUGGGUGACUGGCUGGGGUGCAGUCAAAGAGGGAGUGUCCUUACCAUUCCCUGAAACUCUGCAAGAAGUGGAGGUGCCAGUUCUGGGAAACAGACAGUGCAGCUGCCUGAAUGAAGGUCUCAGAGUCACAGACAACAUGAUCUGUGCUGGUGUUCUGGCAGGAGGCAAAGACUCGUGCCAGGGAGACUCGGGAGGUCCAAUGGUGAGUAAACAGGGCUCUGUUUGGGUCCAGUCUGGAAUUGUGAGUUUUGGUAUUGGUUGUGCUCGGCCCAAUCGGCCAGGAGUCUACUCCAGAGUGUCCUGUUACCAGUCCUGGAUCAGCGCUCACAUCCUCUCUGAUAAGCCAGGAUUUGUCCAGUUCACCUCAAGUGGGCUGGAUGCUGACAGCAACUUCACCUGUCCUGGUCCUGGAAGAAGACCUACAAUGUCAGUUUGUGGUGCAGCCCUCUUGGACAGUCAUGCAGGAGGAGACAGGAGCAUUGUACCAGAAGGAACUUGGCCCUGGAUGGUGAGGCUUCACGAAAAUGGAGUGUACCGAUGUGGAGGAACCUUAAUAUCUGACAACAUUAUUCUCACUGCUGCACAAUGCUUCUCUACCACCAGACCAAAUGCCAGUGAAUGGAACGUGUUUCUUGGCCUUCGAGUUGCAAAUGGUUCUGAAGCGUUUGAGAUGUCUCUGGGUGUUGUGAACAUUACAAUGAGCAAAAUGACUGCCUCCAGUAUUGCACUUUUACAACUGGUCGAAUCAGUCGCUUUCAGCCAUUACAUCCAGCCCGUGUGUUUGGACAUUAACGAUUCCAGAUCCUUCCCGAUUGGCAGUCAGUGCUGGGUGACAGGCUGGGACAACAGGAACAGCAGCAGAGGUGCUGGUAAAGCUGGCUUAGUUCUUCGAGAACUUGAAACUCAAGUAGCAAGUUGUGGAAAUCUUUCUGAUUCAGAUAACAUUUGUACUCACGCCAUAGACCUGCAAGAGGGGGAUCAGGGCAGUCCUCUGCUGUGCAAGUCAGAGUCAUUGUGGUUCCAGGUUGGUGUCGUAACAGUGAGUGGAAACGCAUUGAGCCAUGCAGAUGUUGAUGUCUUUACCAAAAUCUCAAGAUUCGAGUCGUUCUUAAAGGAGAAGGUUGGCCAAACACCAGCUCCUGCAGCACUUCUGACAGGAAAUUCACCAGAUUUCUCAGUUUCCUUACUGCUGUCUUUUGCUGUCCUCAUUAUAUCAGUGUUCCUGUUGUGA